AUGUGUAUACAUAACUUGCGGUUUCCUUAAGUUGUUUCCCGCCGAAUGUUCUCAUUGUUUACAACGUUAUUUUACUUACUUAGUGUUAUUGAAUCCUAAAAUUUUUAUCCAAAUAAUUACUUUUAUUCAUUAUAUUUAUUUUACAUAUGUACUAAGUACAUGUGUAGUAACUAAGUACUUAUUUUAUAUAAUCACGUGUUUUUUCAUUGAAAAAUUUUAUGAUAUCAUACAUUUAACAUUAGAAUAUUGAAAUAGACGUAGUUUUGAUCUAUUGUAAUCCUUAGUCUCUAUCAAAAUGAGUCAACGAAGUUCUCCUCCUCGAAGCGUUAGACAAACAGAUGCUCCUACAUCUCCAGCACCUGAAAUUGAUGAGCCUUUUGAAGACGAAGGCCUUUUGGGUGACGAUCCUUCCCAGGAUGAUAUUAUUAAUGAAGAAGAAGCUGAUGGCGAAGAAUUAUUUGGAGAUGAUAUGGAAGCUGAUUAUCGCCCAAUGCCGGCUUUGGAUCGUUAUGACCGUGAUUUAAUGGAUGAUGAGGACUAUUCUGAUAUUUCACAAUCUGAUCGUGCUGCUGCUGAAGCUACAAUGCGCAGAAGAGAUCGAGCUGCAGGAAUUUAUAGAGAUGAUAGAGAUCUUCUUUAUGAGGAAAGUGACGAAGAUGAUACUCAAACUCGAAAACGCCGUCGAGCAGAAAAAGCAGCAAUGGGUGAAAUGGAUAACGUCGACAUGAUCGAAUCAAUCGAAAAUUUAGAAGACACUAGAGGCUAUUCAAUAAAAGAAUGGAUAAUGAUGUUGAGUCCAAGAACUGAGAUUGCUAAUCGCUUUAAAAAUUUUUUACGAACUUACACCGACUCUUCAGGUCAUUAUUUGUACAAAGAACGGAUAAAACAUAUGUGUGAAAGCAAUCAGUUAAGUUUCGUGGUUGAAUUUCCAAUUCUUGCCAGUGUCGAAAAUGUUUUGGCUUAUUUUCUACCAGAAGCUCCCUAUCAAAUGCUUGAAAUUUUUGAUGGUGUAGCUAAAGAAUUAGUUUUAACAAUUUAUCCAAGUUAUGAACGUGUUACUUCUGAGAUUCAUGUGAGAAUUAGCGAGCUUCCCUUAAUAGAAGAAAUAAGAACCUACAGAAAACUCCAUUUAAAUCAACUUGUACGAUCAUUAGGAGUUGUAACCGCUACAACUGGUGUUUUACCACAGCUGUCCGUAGUCAAAUAUGAUUGUACCAAAUGUGGUUACAUAAUUGGACCAUUUGUUCAAACACAAAACUCAGAAGUCAAACCUGGAUCUUGUCCUGAAUGUCAAAGCGCUGGGCCGUUUAUGAUUAAUAUGGAACAAACACUCUAUAGAAACUACCAAAAAAUCACAAUUCAAGAAUCUCCCGGUAGAAUUCCAGCUGGACGCAUUCCUCGUAGCAAAGAUUGUAUUUUAUUAUCAGAUUUAUGUGAUCGCUGUAAACCUGGAGAUGAAAUUGACAUUACUGGAAUUUAUACAAAUAGUUAUGACGGAUCAUUAAAUACCGAACAUGGUUUCCCAGUUUUUGCUACUGUACUUUUAGCUAAUCAUAUUGUUGUAAAAGAUUCUAAAGACAUUGUAGAAUCACUUACAGGAGAGGAAAUUGAGAGUAUUUUAAAGUUGAGUAAAGAUCAUCGUAUAGCUGACCGCAUUAUUGCAAGUAUUGCCCCUUCUAUUUAUGGCCAUGAAUUUAUAAAACGUGCACUUGCUCUAGCUAUCUUCGGGGGUGAAUCUAAAAAUCCUGGGAAUAAACAUAAAAUUCGUGGCGAUAUCAAUGUACUUCUUUGUGGUGAUCCUGGAACGGCAAAAUCUCAAUUCUUAAAGUAUACUGAAAAAAUAGCUCCUAGAGCUGUAUUUACCACUGGUCAAGGUGCGUCAGCUGUUGGUUUGACAGCUUAUGUAAGAAAAUCUCCAACUACUAGAGAAUGGACUCUUGAAGCUGGUGCUCUCGUCCUAGCUGAUCAUGGAAUCUGUUUGAUUGAUGAAUUUGAUAAAAUGAAUGAUCAAGACAGAACUUCUAUUCACGAAGCUAUGGAACAGCAAAGUAUUUCUAUUUCCAAAGCUGGUAUUGUUACAUCUUUACAUGCUAGAUGUUCUGUUAUUGCUGCUUCAAAUCCGAUUGGAGGUCGCUAUGAUGCCAGCAUGACUUUUUCAGAAAACGUCGAUUUAUCUGAACCAAUUUUAUCACGUUUUGAUAUACUUUGCAUUGUGAAAGAUGAAGUAGAUCCUAUGCAAGAUAGACAUUUAGCAAAAUUUGUUGUAAACUCGCAUAUCAAGAAUCAUCCAACUAAUGAGAAAAGAGAAUUACCUGCUGAAUUAAUAGAUCAAAAUUCAACCAACGAUAUUUCUAUUCCUCAAGAUCUUUUGAAAAAAUAUAUUGUUUAUGCACGACAAAAUAUUCAUCCUAAAUUAGCCAAAGUUGAUAGAGAUAAAGUUGCUAAUCUUUACGGUCAGUUGAGACAAGAAAGUUUAGCUACUGGAAGUCUCCCAAUCACCGUUAGGCACAUAGAAAGUAUCAUUAGAAUGGCUGAAGCUAGUGCAAAAAUGCAUCUACGAGAUCAUGUUCGAGAGGAUGAUAUCAACCUUGCCAUAAGAAUGAUGCUUGAUAGCUUUGUCGAUACUCAAAAAUAUUCAGUUAUGAAAAGCAUGCGUCAUACGUUCCAGAAAUAUUUGAUGUAUAAAAAAGAUCACAGUGAAUUACUUUACUACAUUCUUCGACAAAUUACUCUUGAUACUUUGGCCUUUCAAAAGGCUCUCCAUGGAAGUCAUAUUUCAAUUAUCGAAAUUGCAGAAAAAGAUUUGCUUGAUAGAGCUAAACAAAUAGAUAUUCAUAAUUUAACUUCAUUUUAUGAAAGUGAUAUUUUCAAGAAAAAUAAUUUUGUUUAUGAUUCCAAACGGAGAGUUAUUAUUCAAACAUUACCCGAAAAUGUAAAUGAAUAAUCUUAUAAAUUUAUUUACAUGAUUUUCAU